GGUGCGGUGAUACACACAGUAUUAGAGAGCAGGUGGGUAGGUACGCUACAUGCCCAGCCGAGUGAGACCCCAUACCCACUUUUGCGACCGGGAGAUAGAGCUCGAUAAACCCCAGGCGCGAGGGAAGCAAGAAGAGAGAAGGAUACAUGUAUAUCCAUGAUCGAAACGAGGUAAUUGAGAGAAACGAGAGGGGAGAAAGGGAACACGUGAGGAUGAAUUAAGUGUUUGGUGAUGCUGGAAACGCAGAGAUAAUUGCUUGGAAAAUUGCUUACGUUCUUUAAAAGGAAAUUUGGUGCUGUGAUUGUACAAUCAUCCUCUCUACACCCCCACUACACCCCCACUCUGGUGCCGUAGUGUAAUACUAUCACCAACACCCCUUCCAUCCCCUUCCAUCACUGCUAAAUUAUAGCCACUCAUUUAUGUGAAAGCAGCGUCACUAGUGUUCGUGAAAGCAGCGUCUGUAGCGUUUGUGUAUGCAGCAUCAGUAGUGCAUGUGAAUGCAGCAUCACUAGCGUUUGUGAAGGCAGCUUCACUUGCAUUUGUGAAGGCAGCAUCAAUAGUGUUAGAACAGACAGCAUCGCCUUCAAGAAGCCAGUGUCACAAGCGUGUAACAACAGCGUCACUAGUGUGUGUGUGUGUGUGUGUGUGUGUGUGUGUGUGUGUGUGUGUGUGUGUGUGUGUGUGUGUGUGUGUGUGUGUGUGUGAAAGCAGUGUGUCACACGGGCUUGUGAAUGCAGUAUCACACGUGUGUCUGUGAAGGAAGCGCCUCUAGCGUGAUCCAGUCAGCAUCACCAGCGUGCUAACCAUAACAAACAUCGCUACUCUGUCCUCUAGCUGGGUUUCAAGGUCACCAGGUCUCGUACAAUACGCGAACAUCACCACAUCUGACGGAAGGCAGAAAAGAAAGGGCCUAUUCCUCUCCUGGUGACAAGGACGAAAAGAGUGAAAUACAGAAUAGAUUUAUACCUCUUCUGGGCGAGAGUAAGCCAUUGAAGUGAAACGUUAGACUGGAUCAAGGAGGUGGACAGUGCUGGGAGCAACAGGUGGACAAGAAGGCUAUAAGGGGAGUAGUACGGCUCAGGAGUUUCUCACAAGAAGAGCAGCAGCAGCAGCCAGACCAGUCAUCGGUAGCAACGCUCAUAACCAACUAAACGUCGACCACCUCCAAUCACGACGAGUUCUAUCUCCCUCUCUCUCCUUCCCUCUCUCUCUCUCUCUCUCUCUCUCUUCUCUCUCUAUCUUCCUCUCUUUCUUCCUCUCCUAUACCCGGCUCUCACUCUCAUCUCCUGCGCAUCAUAUUGACGUAAGCACUGGUCGUGUGGGAGAGUCAGAGAGAGAGUGAGAGAGGGAGAGUGAGAGAGAGAGGGGGGACAAGAAGUCAGACAUGUGUAGUAGUGUUGAAGUUGUGAGGCUGGAUCACAUAUAGCGGUCAUACGGCCACGGACAGGGGCAGAGGUGGGACGGUUGCAGAAGCUGCUGGUUUCAGCUUCAGAAGCUGCUGGUUUCGGCUUCAGAAGCUGCUGGUCUCGGCUUCAGAAGCUGCUGGUCUCGGCUUCAGAAGCUGCUGGUUUCGGCUUCUCAAGCUGCUGGAGUCAGCUUUCAGCAACUGGAAGGAGAGGAAAUAAUAAAAAAGAGCGAGCCUGUGGACAUAGUGUGUAGGAUAACUCUUGUUGACUUGUCAAAGAUUGUGUGUGGUGUACAGUGCAGUUGCCUCCCACGUGUGUCACCAACUGUCAAGACUUUCUAGCAUCCAGAAGGUUCUUCCAGCAUCCAGGAGACUCUUCCAGCGUCCAAGAAGAUCUUCCAGCAACCAGGAGGCUCUUUCAGCGUCCAGGAGGAUCUUCCAGCAACCAGGAGGCUGUUUCAGCGUCCAGGAAGAUCUUCCAGCAUCCAGGAGGCUCUUCCAGCGUCCAGGAAGAUCGUCCGGCAACCAAGAGGCUCUUCCAGCGUCCAGGAGGAUCUUCUAGCGCACCCCCCAAGCAAACUUUCCAGUGGCUCCCCAGACUCCCACACCGUGUCAACUCCUGCAAGGUUGGAGUGUCACACAGGGUGGGCUGGAGCCCCAGAGUGCCUCCCUCACCAGAGCCACGGGGUUUCUCAGUGCCUUUCUCUCCUUCAACCAUCGUUUACCACUAGGUCAUACGUCAGGAGCUACCAUACCCUUGCCAGGGUCUGAGCCAAGUACGUCAAUAAAGGAGUGUCCCUGGCCGGCUUCGGAACGUCGAGGACGAUGAGCCGAGGCGGGGGCAGCCGGGUCCUACCCACGGCACCCGCCCCCGGGCACGCCCACGCCCGCCCUCGCCCACGAUGAUAAGCGGCGACCAUGGCCCUAUCACCGCCAGUCCCGCUCACCACCACGACACAUCGUCGGCCCUGCGCAAGAGGAAGCGACUCAGCCAGGUCGUGCUGGAGUUGACCUCGCAGGCAGAACGACGCUCGCCGGACGAGAAGCCCGCUAACGACUCCUGUCCGCGGGAUAACCCGCUGAAGGAUAAGCCGCCAGACCCCGCCGCCGCUCCUCCAGCGGCACAGCCCGACACCAGACCCAUGUUCAGCCGCCAGCCCGAGGAUGUGUCCCCGGGGCCUGGCCAGGACCAAGGGGACGAGCCCGGUAUAAGUCCUGGCUUGAGUCCAGGGUCCGGCCUCAGCCCGGUGCCGGGACACAGCCCAGUCUCCGGCCAUAGCCCAGUGCCCGGUCACAGUCCAGUGCCCGGUCACAGUCCAGUACCCGGUCAUAGUCCAAUUCCCGGUCAUAGUCCGGGUGUCAGCCCUGGCCUCAGUCCCGGAUUGAGUCCUGGACUCAGUCCAAGAGUCACAGUUCACGAUGAAUCAGGCCAGGAAGCCAUGAAAGUUGACACCCCUCCCUCCCCGAAGGAGGGACCGGGGGAGACUGUAGGACCCACUUCCCUCACAGAACAGCAGCAGCACCAGCAGCAACGUUCCCCUGGCGUGAUACAGGUACACAGAUCAGGGGAAGGUGGAUCAGGAGGUGGUGCAGGAGGAGGCAGUAGCAGCAGCAGUACCAGCAGCAGCUGCGGCAGUGCUGGCCCAGCCAGGUCACCUCGAGCUGUCCAAAGUGACGUCUUCAGGUUCGACUCUGAGGACCGGGAGAGGUACCAGUACUACUGCCGGGCCAUCAGUGAAGAGGACGAAGAGGUGUUCUCCCCCGGUCCUCCCUCACACUCACCCCAUGCCAGGGACUCCCCUGCCCUCGCUAGGGUUAACUCCGACUCCCCCAAACUCUCCUUCAGCCCCCUGAGGAUCAAGGACCCUAGUAUAGAUGAGGAGGACAUCGAUCUGGACACGAAGUCGCAGUCAUCGAGUGACGCGCCUUCAUCGACUGGUGUCAUUCGCGGUGUCCUGCCCAAGUUAAGUGUAGUUCGCAGCGACGCUGGAGACCAAGGAGGCCACUACCCUCCCUGCACCUGCCAUCACUGCACUCUGGCCUCCAGGGACCCCCAUCGGCUGGGUCCUUCAGGUCUCCCACACUCACCUAUCUCGCCACUCACGCCCACGUCUCCGCACACGCCCAUUUCCCCCUCCCCCGGCCACAACGUAGAACACUACUUCCCUCCUACUGUCUACCUCCCGGAUCUGUAUCGCCGCCGUUCCCAUUCAGACUCGGAUCUUCAGCUGUGGUUCGAGCAGAAGGGUCGGUGCAGCGAGGGUGUGGGUGCUAGCAGCAGCAGUAGUAGCAGCAGUGCUGCGGGACCGUCGGGCGAACAGGCUUCGACUCGACAGUCCGUGCUGCGACACGGUCGCCCCAUUCCCCAGCCCCUCUACCUGCCACGUAAGGGGGGCUCCCUUGAGUCUGACACAUCAUCUCCCCAGGAUUCCCCUCUGGACUUGUCCGUCAAGACCAGCAGCAGCCUCAAGACCGGUAGCACCUCCAGUACAGACAGCCUGGUGCUGCCUAGCACAGUCUCCCUCUCAUCCCCACACUCCCCGCUUCUCGCCCCACCUAAAGACAGCACCCCACCACCACGGUCCCCUGGUGCACCUGAUCAUCGCACUCUCUCACAGGCGCAUCUCCCCGUCCCCAUCAUCAAGGGUGACGUAGCAUCGUAUAGCACCAAGGAUAGCGUAGCGCUACGAUACCACUUGGAGGUGUCACCAGUGGUGGAGGAGAUGCCUGCAGGAGCCGACGUGGCCUUUGUGUGCCCUGUCUGCGGUCAGAUGUUCUCUCUCCACGACCGUCUCGCUAAACACAUGGCCUCACGUCAUAAAAAUAAACAAAUCGACACCAGCAGCAAGACUUACAUGUGUGACAUGUGUAAGCGGUCAUUUGCACGGUCGGAUAUGUUGACGCGACACAUGCGGCUGCACACGGGCCACAAGCCCUACACCUGCCGUGUCUGCGGACAGGUGUUCUCCCGCUCCGACCAUCUCUCCACCCAUCAGCGGACACACACUGGAGAGAAACCUUACAAGUGUCCACAGUGUCCGUAUGCAGCGUGCCGGCGGGACAUGAUCACUCGACACAUGAGGACACACGCUCGCUAUGAACUCCAUGAGUCAUCGUCCAUGGAAGAGGGCGGCGAGGUAGCGAGACCCAACCUGCCAGUGCGGUCCCUGUCAGAGGAGCACCCUGCUCCCAGCCCCUUGCUAGAUCUGGCCUGCACCCUGUCGGCGCCCCAGGCACGCACCCCGCAGGGCUCCCCUCUUCCACUUUCCCCUGGCCCCCACACAACCAGUGGAGGGACCCAGAAACAAUCCCUGGGAGGACCCACUAUGGGGAGCGGAGCCCCCAUGGCCGGCAUGGGGAUGGGUGGAGCAGGGAUAUUAGGAAGAAUGCCGCCACAGCUCCAGCGACCCAGGAAGCAGGAAGAAGAUUGAAGAGCCCUACAUGACAUGUCUGGUUCAUGUUUUUUGCCUCGCUGAGGUUUGUCUGCCUGAAGGUGGUACCUCCUUGGCAGGGAGGCCGUUGGAGGCCGGAGUCCCGCGAGGAUCACUGGCAUUGUUUGUGUGGCGACCCGCCCAACCCGCUGUGGUGUAGGUCAGCCCGGCGCCUGGUGCGUCCUGGGCUUGGUCUCUUCUUGUCUGUCUCUCAGGCUGCCUAGCGCGCUGCCCGGCCCCACCCUGGCCCUCAACCCUUCCUCAGGAGAGGUCGAGGGGCCCCGGAGCCCCGAGGGACGGGCCUGGCUGGGGCCGGGUUCGCGUGCUAGUGUCAGUACGUGGGUGUUUUGGUGUUGUGUUUGUGCCGCUAGCGGCGUCUCGGGCGGCGGGUCUGCCGGAGGUUGCGCCACUUGGGGAGAGGUUCCUCCACCAUCCCCACUGGAGCAGCGAUGCAGCAGGAGGGAGAAGGUUACGCUGCUGCUGCUCCCAUCCCCACAACAUUCAAUCCCCCCAAGUCUCUCGGUGUGAAGGUGUUAAGCCGCCUGCAGCGUCUGGACGUUCUCCUGCCUCUUUAGAGGCGUCGUGAGCGCUCGCGGGGGGCCAUGCCCCCCACUAGCACAAAGGGCGCCACAGGUCUGUCAAUGGUACCUGCUAAUUUAAUGACAUAAAUAACAUUAUUGUAAGUUGAGGGACCCAAGAGGUGUUAGGACGUCCGGACAUGUUCCAGGAGGCGAGUAACCGUGAACCCAACCCCGGUACAAGAGAGUGUCGCUCCUCUGGCCCUUAUUGAGUUGUCAUAGUUACUUCACCACCAUUAUUAUGUUUCAACCUUGUUUCGCAUUCCCUGUUAUGUGUCCAAACUCUCUCUCACAACCCUGAUUAUAUCCUAGUAAUUACUGUGUUCCACUACUUUCUCCUAGUCCUUACUGUUGUCUAAUCCUAUUUCCCAGCUCUCACUAUCUCCCAGCUCCUCACUAUAUCCCAGCCCAUACUAAGAGCUCCAGCCCUUACUGUGUGUUAUAAUAAAUCUUUUACUUAACACUUGGUGUGUUCCAACCUUUGCUGUUCCUUUCUGCUUUAUCUCCUCGCCCUCAUUAUUUCGGUACCUUCUGUAUUUCUUGGCCUUAACUGUCUCUCUAAGCUCUAUUUCCCAACCUUUAUUGCACACCCCAGUCUUAUCUCUCAGCCCUUACUGUGUCUUCAGGUACACGUUGAGGGAGAGGAAUCUCUGGACCUAAUUUUCCUGGUCUUGUUCACGAAGCACAGCUCUAAAGGCCGGAGGGGCGCCGCCCCCCUUGAACCAAAGGGGCAUUUUUUGGGAGUUCUCGGGUACACAAGUCCCUUAUGUAUUAUGAAGCGGUGGUCAUAUUUGCCUCAUGUUGAUAUUUAUAAACGUUUACGUUUCUUCAGUUCUAGCCUCUAUUGUAGAGAAGCCCGCACUGCAUCAAGGGUUCUAGCAUCCCAUCAUUCAUCCACCCAGUAUACAUAUUUUGAUGUUUUUCUUUGAUCGGGUUGACUGAGCUUCGUGUCUUGGAUCACUCCGACCACACUCACGCACGCAAGGCCUCCAUGCUGUAGAUGUACAGGCCGUCUAUCGCAAUGCAGGUUAAAAAAAAUAAAUAAUAAUAAUAAUCUCCCACCAACAGGACUGUAUUGUUGGCUCACCCUUGCAUCCUAGAUGGGACCCCCCUCGUAGUCUUCUAAAUGGACUCCCGCAACUCACUUAUUUAUCCCCUCCCCCCACACCGUAACAAGACUUUCGAUUGGCAUUUCUUGUAUAUUUUUCUCUCUGACAAAAUGCUCACGUUUUAUGUUUCCUAUGAAAACUUUUAGAACUUAUAUAAUUAUUAUAAUAAUAAUUACCAUUAUUUUUAUUGUUCUAUAGGCAUAAUUUUCACAUAUUUCAGUUGAUUCUGUGACAAAGGCGAACUGUUGUAAAGAAAACUGGCAUGGAACAACUUUGUCACCUCUUGUUAAACAUGUGUAAGGAGAUUAUUUAAAGGAUUUAUCUGUUGUUUCGACUCUUUACAAUGUAUUCCAAAGUGAAGCGAGUAGUGCUGGAUCGUCUUGACGGCGACCUUGAUUCUCGAUGCUCCUUUUUCUCUUCUUUAAUUGCCUUAGGGGCUACAGAGAGUCGAUAUUUUGGUCGUGUAGAGGAAUAAACGGCCCAAGCCUUCGCUCAGUGAUGUGUCGGUGUCAGUCAGUUGUGUGCCAGGUGUCCUGUGCGACACUGAUGUGUUGGUGUCAUUCAGUAGUGUGCCCAGUGUGUCAUGCCCCAAACAGGGCAAUAAGUUCUCACGUCAGUAGCUUUUUCUGUCGGUUACUCCACUAUACGAAGGAAAAUAUCGCCUCUAGGUAUCAGUAAAAGAGGAAAAAAGUGAGUUUGUUGGAACUUUCUCGACGUCAGACAAUAGGCCUACUUAUAUACUUCUCACAUGCCCCUCAUUACCAGUUAACUAUAGGCCUACCCUCCUCCCCUUGCUACCUGGGGGAUCCACAUCCACCCUACAUUGCCCCAGUUUCCGCCACAGUUCCCCACAAGCAAGAACAAAUGAACAUUGAUUGUCGUUAAGCUGUCAAGUAUCGUUUCACAGUGACUAAUGUUUAAUUAGUUUUUAACGAUUCACUUCGUAUGUGCCAAAUUUGUCCGGCCAGUUGAUGUGGUCGUGGAGGGCCUGCCGCGCCUGGUAGGCGCAUGUCUGCCAGUCUAAAGCAGCGCUAAACGACCCAAUUAGCUAGUUUCCUUGUUAAGGUUUCUGUUUGUAUCUGUGAGUGGGGACACCUAGCUUUAAGGCCACGACCACUGCCUGUAUUCUCGCCCCUUUGCUAUCACGGUAUAGAGACGCAUAUUGUGAUUUUUUACUGUCUUUUUUUUAGGUAUUUUUUCUCUGUAUAUGUUGAAAUUCUGUCUAUUUAUGUUGACUGUAAAUAUCAUUAUCAAUUUUUUUUUUAGUUUAACACAUAAACACUCCUUAAAAAAAGACAUGAAUUCUUGUCAGACACCGAAGUAAGUGUUAAAGGUGCUCUUAGGUCAAAAUAUGAUGAUAUAAGGUAUGUGAAUUACGACCUAAUGAGCGAAGGUUGGUUAACACUGUCUUCAACAUUACUGCCUGGUUGUACCCCACUAAGCACAGCUCAAUUUUGGAAGCCCUUAAAAUUUUUUUUUUUUUGGUAGAUGAAGUAAAAAAAAAUCACAUUAGUCCCCGAUAUCAAACUUUAAAACGAACCAUGAAAAUGAACCGUAACUUGAGUGAUAUUACAAGGAGUUAAAAUUUAUGUUAAAAUCAACAACUAAACAAAACAACAGAAGGUUAAGUGCGAAGUUGUUUGACCCGGCAGUAAACAAUGUCAAUAAUGUGAUAGUUGGUAACUCACUUGUCAAUCAUUUCCUUCCUCCCACUAUUGUCAAAACAACAAUGAAUUUAUCUUUCAAUCUCUUUUUUCUUUAAAUUAUAGAUCAACUCUGGUGAGACAUUAUUUAAGUCAACAAAAGGAAAAUAAAAAUCAGGUGAAGAUUUUUUAGUGAAUAUCAACGACUUUUAUUAUUUUUAUUCUUCUUCUUAUGAUUAUUAUUAUUAUUAUUAUUAUUAUUAUUAUUAUUAUUAUUAUUAUUAUUAUUAUUAUUAUUAUUAUUAUUAUUAUUAUCCGGAAGCUAUAUCUAAAUCAAAGUGAUGUCUAUUUUUGUGUAUAAGAAUGAUAUAGUGUGUAGUAGAGAGCAACAACAGUGGUAGAAAAGGAACCCAGACCUUGACUCUCUUAACCUUCUCAAAGUUGUGCUGUAACUUUGUAUCAUGCGUUCUUAACUUUGUAUCAUGCGUUCUUAACUUUGUAUCAUGCGUUCUUAACUUUGUAUCAUGCGU